CGUAGCUGCGAAUUCCUCCUCGAACCAGUAACGUUCGCAUUUCUUUUCCUUGUGCCUAUCUCUACCUGAGUUCACCCCCGCACCCAUCGAAGCUCUAUCUACGCACAUCCCUCAAUAAAACAACAUGGCGCCGCAAAUCCAAUCCCCGCUUCUACCCCCAGGAUCCCUCGUCCUCGUUACCGCCGCAAACGGCUUCAUCGCCUCGCACAUAGUCGACCAACUCCUCCUCUACGGUUACGCCGUGCGCGGCACCGUGCGCUCCCUCGCCCGCAGCUCCUGGAUGAAACCGCUGUUCCAAAAGCGGCAUCCAAACGGCUCCCUCGACAUCGUCGAAGUCCCAGACAUCAGCGUCCCCGGCUGCUACGACGAUGCCAUGAAAGGCGCAUCCGCGGUAAUUCACACCGCAGGCAGCACCUCGAUGUCCGGGGACCCCAACGUCGUCCAGGAAUCCAUCGCCGCGAAUUUAAACGCGCUCGAGGCUGCGGCGAAAGCUAACAAAAACGGCGAAAAGAUCCGCCGCUUCGUGCUGACGAGUUCGAGCUGGGCGGUUACGUAUCCGAAGCCCAACACACCUAGGGAGCUUACCUACGAUACGUAUGACACGAGCGCGGAGGAAGCCCUCGCAGACCCGAAUACGCCGAAAGAGGCCGUGGGACUCAUGGUGUACGUCGUUAGUAAGACGAAGGGCGAGCAGGAGAGCUGGAAGUGGGUGCGCGAGCAUCCAGACUGCGGCUUCGUGCUCAACAGCGUCAUGCCGAGUACCUGCAUCGGCCCCGUUCUCGCGCCGACGGAGCAGCCUUAUCCCACGACUGCCGGCUUCUUGCGCUCGCUCUGGGAGGGCAAGAACGCAGAGCUUUUCGACUGGUUGGAGCCGCACUGGUAUGUGGAUGUUCGGGAUGCGGCGCGUUUGCAUGUCGCGGGUGCGGUUCUAGACGGUGUCGAGGGCCAGAGGGACUUUGGGUUUGCGGAGACGUUUACGUGGCAGAGGGUGGCGCAUGCGUUGGAGAAGGAGAUGGGGAAGAAGGUACCGAUUAUGCCGAAGGACAAGGGGGAGGAAAUGAGUAGGGUGCCGCAGGAGAGGAGUGUGAACAUGUUGAAGGGCUUGGGCCUUAAGGGGUGGGAGAAUUUUGAGGAGAGCGUGGCGUUGAAUAUUAGGAGUUUCUAUCCGAAGGAGUAAGCGAUAUGCAGGAGAAGCCGGAGUAUGGAGAUGCGCAGAAGUUUUGGAAGGUGCGGCCGGCCGUGCGUAUUGAUCGAAGUAUAUGUAACUACGGAGAUUACAUUCAGCAAUCCUUUCCCUCUAAGUA